AUGAGACUCCCCAAACUCCUCACUUUCUUGCUUUGGCACCUGGCUUGGCUGGACCUGGAAUUCAUCUGCACUGUGUUGGGUGCCCCUGACUUGGGCCAGAGACCCACGGGGGCCAGGCCAGGAUUGGCCAAAGCAGAGGCCAAGGAGAGGCCCCCCCUGGCCCGGAACAUCUUUAGGCCAGGGGGUCACAGCUAUGGUGGGGGGGCCACCAACACUAGGGCAAAGGCAGACCCUGGGCAGACACAGGCCAAGAAGGAUGAGCCCAAAAAGCUGCCCCCCAGAUCUGGUGGUUCUGAACCCAAGCCAGGACCCCCUCCCCAGACCAGGCAGCUUGCAGCCCGGACUGUAACCCCAAAAGGACAGCUUCCCGGGGGCAAGGCACCCCCCAAAGCAGGAUCUGUCCCCAGCUCCUUUCUGCUGAAGAAGGCCAGGGAGUCUGGGCCCCCUCGAGAGCCCAAGGAGCCGUUCCGCCCACCCCCCAUCACACCCCACGAGUACAUGCUCUCGCUGUACAGGACGCUGUCCGAUGCUGACAGAAAGGGAGGCAACAGCAGCGUGAAGUUGGAGGCUGGCCUGGCCAACACCAUCACCAGCUUUAUUGACAAAGGGCAAGAUGACCGAGGUCCUGUGGUCAGGAAGCAGAGGUACAUGUUCGACAUUAGUGCCCUGGAGAAGGAUGGGCUGCUGGGGGCCGAGCUGCGGAUCUUGCGGAAGAAGCCCUCAGACAUGGCCAAGCCAGUGGCCCCUGGUGCCGGGCGGGCUGCCCAGCUGAAGCUGUCCAGCUGCCCCAAUGGCCGGCAGCCGGCAGCCUUGCUGGAUGUGCGCUCGGUGCCAGGCCUGGAUGGAUCUGGCUGGGAGGUGUUCGACAUCUGGAAGCUCUUCCGAAACUUUAAGAACUCGGCCCAGCUGUGUCUGGAGCUGGAGGCCUGGGAACGGGGCCGGGCUGUGGACCUCCGCGCUCUGGGCUUUGACCGGGCUGCCCGGCAGGUCCACGAGAAGGCUCUGUUCCUGGUGUUUGGCCGAACCAAGAAACGGGACCUGUUCUUUAAUGAGAUUAAGGCCCGCUCGGGCCAAGAUGAUAAGACCGUGUAUGAGUACCUGUUCAGCCAGCGGCGGAAACGGCGGGCUCCGCUGGCCACUCGCCAGGGCAAGCGACCCAGCAAGAACCUCAAGGCCCGCUGCAGUCGGAAGGCCCUGCAUGUCAACUUCAAGGACAUGGGCUGGGAUGACUGGAUCAUUGCGCCUCUUGAGUACGAGGCCUUCCACUGCGAGGGGCUAUGCGAAUUCCCUUUGCGCUCCCACCUGGAGCCCACGAACCACGCAGUCAUCCAGACUCUGAUGAACUCCAUGGACCCCGAGUCCACACCACCCACCUGCUGUGUGCCCACGCGGCUGAGUCCCAUUAGCAUCCUCUUCAUUGACUCUGCCAACAACGUGGUGUAUAAGCAGUAUGAGGACAUGGUUGUGGAGUCUUGUGGCUGCAGGUAGCAGCACUGGCCCUCUGUCUUCCAGGUUGGCAUAUCCUGAGAGCCCCUCCCCUCGCUCCUGGAAUCACAGAGGGGUCAGGAAGCUGCAGUCAGAGCAUCUACACAACCGCACCAAAGGGCAUUCCAGCAGCCUUGUUCACUCUUGAGUGUGACUUGGGCUCCCCUUCUAUUCACAAGUCCCCCAUCUGAGGAUUUCUGCCCUUCUGUUACUCUGACUGACAAGGACAGUCCAAGGGGACAGACUCUGCAUGGGACUGAGACCCAGGAGACAGUGUUUUCCAAUGAGACUCAACCUGUAAUCUCUCCUAAUUUAGGCCUCCUUGGCCUCUGAACU